AUGUCGGCAGCUGCUGGUUGGUGCAGCACGUGCACGCGGACAGAUGCAGCCAGCAGUAGAGGAUCCACCCACGGCAGUACAGUAGUUCGACCGGACUGUAGGCGGGCUGGUGCAAGUGAUGAGUUGACAGAUGUCAGGCUGGCAGAAUGUCGUGUUGGAAGAGAAGUGGUGAUGAUCCAUGAGAUAUUACGACGGCGGCUGGGAUGGCGGAAGAUACAGGCAGGUCAGACGGAGGCAGGGAUGGUGGUCGAUGUCAAUGUCGGUGUCGAGCGUAGCUUGGUGUUUCCAGUACAGCAAGGCAUAAUAAUUAUUGUUCUUGCAAGGCUUUGCUUGACAAAGAUGUAUGAAGAGAUGAGGAUGGCGAUGAGGAUGGCGAUGAGGAUGAAGAAUCUGGCGAUGGGCGACGAUCACUCCAUGGGAUGGCGGGAUCGGGGUGGAUAUACCCACCAAAAGGGCGGAAAAGGGCUGAAAAGUGUGGGCUUGGCAGCUGGCUUCCCCGCAAAGUUGCGCCAUCUCGAGUCAGGACAGGCAGGUUGGGCGCGUGCAGUCAUACUGCUUACCCAGCUAAAAUAG